GGUGAAAUCGUCAUUCGGUCGCACGACUUUGCGAAAGUAGGAUUGCAAUCGCCGUCGGUUUGUUUAUAUUAGUCAGAACAGUACUAGAGCACAUAGGCGUACGGAAGCAGCAACAGUGAUAGCGAGAAGAGGAAGAACAAAACGUGCAAACUUUCUUCGCAAACCAAAUUGCUGAAAAUGUGAACUAAUAAUAUUGGUUAAACCAGCGACAAUUUUUCCUCUCGCGGUUGGUUUACGUAAGUGGGGACCUGUCUGGAAGAAUUUUCAACUCGGAAGGAAAUUUUUUCCCAACAGACGUACAAGAACAUGGCAGAAGAUUUAUCGAUCAAUAAAAACAAGAUAAGCUGUUCGCGUUACAAUAACAAUGAUAUCUGUCGUUUGUGUUUAAAAAAUGAAACCCAUAUGGAGCCGUUGUUUUAUGCAAAUUUGUUUCCAAACAUUCUCCUCACCAAGAAGAUUUACGAUUGUACUUCCAUACAGAUAAUCUAUGAGCGCAAUCUUCCCAUGUUCGUUUGCAAACUUUGCGCCAAUAAGCUGGACGAAUACGUUCGCUUUCGAGAGCGAUGUGCUGCUAAUGACGAUUUUUUGCGGAAUGCAUUGGCAUUUUUCGAUGCAGGGAAAAGUUGUAUUAAAACGGAACCCGGCGGUGUCAAACAGGAGCAAACACAAUUUAGUUCGGUGCACCAUCAUGCGGCACCAAUUGAUUUCCGACAAAUCAAGGCGUGUCCAGAAAGUGGAUCAUCGGAACAAGCCGAUGAUGAGGAACAAUUGGAACCAGAACGGUUCAGUUGCAAUAAAUGUGAUAUCGUAGCUGAGGACGAAAAGUCUUUGCGUGAUCAUCAGAAAGAGCACGAGGAAAGUCCUUUCGUUUGUGUAAUUUGUUCGAAAGCGUUCAAAAUUCGGCAGCACCUGUUGAUUCACAGUCACACGCAUGUAGAGCUAUUGCAGCGCAAGGAGCAAACUGUUGAUGCAAAGCCGACCUACGGUUGUACCAAAUGUACCAAAGUUUUUGUGAAUAGAGGAAACCUGAUCAAUCAUACAGCUGAGUGCCACGGUAAUGUCAAGAAUUUCAGCUGUGAGAUAUGUUCCAAAUCCUUCAAGUACAACGUUCAACUGAGGAUCCAUUUGCGGACCCAUUCGGGUGAGCGUCCACAUAAAUGCGAGAUUUGUCAUCGUGGAUUCUCGCAGCUGUCGAAUCUGCGGUCUCAUCGAAAGGUCCAUUCCAAGGUUAAGCCGUACAAAUGCCAGUUAUGUCUGAAAAGCUUCACGAUGUUGGACAAUCUGACGGUUCACAGUUUGAAGUGCGUUAAGGACAAGUACCGGUGUACCUUGUGUUCGAAAUCUUUCGCCAAAGAGGGCAAUUUGAUUUCGCAUCUCCAGUGCCAUAGUGAGGGAGUAGUUGAGAAAAAUUUCAAAUGUGAGAUGUGUCCAAAAAGUUUUAAAAACAAAGAAGACUGGAAGAGACACGUUCGGGUUCAUACAGGUGAAAAACCAUACAUCUGCGAUAUCUGCAACAAAGGUUUCGCGCAGAAAGCAAAUCUUCUAUCGCACAGAAAGACACACCUCAAGCCCGAUAUAGUUUUCAAGUGUGAAAAGUGUGAUAAAGUAUGUCGCACUCAGAAGCUCCUGGAAAUGCACCUUCAAAAGUGUGGAACGACUGAAAGAUUCAUGCAAGGUCCCAUGGCUACGCCGACGUCAACGCCACCAAUGACAACCCCAUCACCCGCACCAGUCACUCCCACAUUGGAAGCUUUAUCGGACUUAUUGCGAUACGAGAUUGCCCUGCGGGCACCGAACGAGCUGCAGGAGAUUUUGUUCGCUACGAUGGAGAAAAAACCAGCGAUGCCGGUCGUUUCUGGUGCGGGUAACCGGCAGUAUCGAUGUGAGAUAUGUUUCAAAGUGUACUCACAAUAUCCGAGCUUGGUCAAGCAUCGAAAGCUACAUCUCAAGAUGCCAAGAAUGCGGACCAAAUCAACCGAGGCAGAUGAUCGGCCGUACUAUUGUGAUAUAUGCGGGAAAAAUUUUAAAUUCAACCGUAACUUGAAGGUACACAUGAAGCUGCACACCAAAGCUAACGGGUUCUUCAAGUGUGACAAGUGCAGCAAUACGUUCGAAAUGGCGGAUCAGCUCAAAUCCCACUUGCUGGAACAUCCGAUCGAUGUGGAGAAGAUUUUCAACUGUGAGUUCUGCUCGAACACCUUCAAAUCGAAUGAAGAUCUGAAGCGCCAUCGCAGAUCGCACACUGGUGAACGCCCGUUCAAGUGUGACACCUGUCCGAAAGCGUUUACCCAGCUUUCGAAUCUACGUGCCCAUACAAAGAUUCACGAGAAGAAGCGAACCGCGUAUGGGUGUAAUAUUUGUCUGUUGGAGCUUGAUUCGCUGGAAGCGCUUAGUUUGCAUCUCAAAACACAUCAGUUCCAGCUUUUUGAGUUAUGUAAAGAAAUGAGACAAUAGUUUGUGAUUGGACGAAAGUGUCUCGAUAAGAAUCUGUGUUAACCCGUAUCCGUACUAUAUACAUAUGCCAAUAUACACAAGUGUUAUUUGAUGUUUGAAACAUGUAUUAUUGUGAUCGUAUUAGCGAAAUAAAUGCUGUUGUACAUAAUAACGAUAAUACAUAAAACAAGUUUUCUUCAAUUGAUUUAAUUAUAACAAGGGUUUUUCAGAUUAAACGCUCACGCAACGAAUUUUAAUAACUUCUACAAAAGUGAACCGAAUUUUAUUUUUGAAAAUCGAAAAUAAAGCUAAUUUUAGGACAUUUUCGAUGUUACCACCCCUUUUUUCGAUAACGCGUUUUAAACGGCGAACAAAAUUCUUCAUGCACAACAUUACGACUUCGAUGCUGUUGAAAAUCCGAGUUAUUUCUUCUCCAAAUUUUGUGGCUUAUUAACAUAGCAACGGUCCUUCACGUAUCCCCAGAGGAAGUAAUCGACGAGAAAUGUUAGAAUUCUUACCAUAAGAGGACAAAGUUUCAUUAAGGCUUCGGUUGCUCGAGUAAUACGAUUUCACAAAAAUACACGUUCUUGUAAAUUGUAUAUCUUGACACUAAAAACCAUCCGAUCAGACUGAACGAGUUGCCGAUUAUAAUCGUCCCGAAGUGGGGAAUGCAGUGCUGCCAUCGAAUGAGCGAAAAAUUUUUUUUUAUAAGGAGCUAUUCGAUUUUUCAGCCUGGGCGUUUAAUCUGAAAGACCCUGUAUCAAAUACAUAUUCGGCAAACCACUAUUGCAUACAAAAGUUCAACCUAUUGUAUGUACAAAAUUUUUUUGGUAUCGGCAAGCCAGUAACUUUCUUUUCUCUAUUGAUAUCGAAUGGUUAAGACUAGAGGAGGAUUCACAGAUUCAAAACAUUUGACUGGUAAACCUUUUCUAACUUAUCACAAUUAUUUAUAGUUUCUCAAACAAAAAAUAUAAGCAUUGAAAUCCCAUCGUAAUAUACCAUAUAACAGCAUCUUUCGAUAGGAAAAGGCACGAUUGAAUUGUUGUUCAAAAUUUUUAUCAUUAUGUGAUCAAUUUUAAUUACCACGUGGACAGAAAUAGCAUGAUUUAAGUUUAGUUUGUCCAGUUUUAGGAAUUACCAUUUUUGAAUGAAAAAAUUCAAAUUUUCAAGUAGAUGUUGCAUUUAUCAUUGUUUGAGUUUACUGUCAUCAUAUUGAUCCAUGCGUAAUUCAGGCUCUCUUCAGAAUAUUGCCUUUUCUUGGGCAUUGCAAAAGUGUGCACCUCGACACAUUCAACACAGAGAAACUUUAUUUCUGAUAUGUACGAAGGACACAAUAAACAAACUGCAGCGCGACCAGCAGGUUGCCAUAGAAAUCAUGUGAACAAAACAACAUUAAUUAAUCGGACAACUCAUGAUCAGAAUUGAGGUCAUCAAAAUGCGUUAAUUUAAUGGUUUAGCUAUGUAAAUCUGAUACAAAUGGUGUGCAAGCAUGAUGUUUACAAUAUUUGUAUGUGUUAUAAUCUGAAUAUUUGGUCUGAAUUCAUCUGGUAAUUGAUUAAAA